AUGAAUGUGUUUCCAUGUUUCAGUUAUGCGGUGGAGAGGAGGAUUGAAGCUUUCUACAAAGGUGGAAGAGUCCAGAUCAAUAAAGACGGAACUCACCUCUUUUGUACUUGUGGAAAUAAAGUUAAUAUUCUAGAAAUUUCCACAGGAGUUAUUGUCCGCUCUAUAGAACAGGAUGAUCAGGAAGAUAUCACCUGCUUUGCACUUAGCCCAGAUGAUGAGAUCUUGGUGACGGGCAGCCGUGCUUUGCUUCUAAAGCAGUGGUGUUGGGAGGAUGGUACUUGCUCCCGCACCUGGAAGGCCAUUCAUACAGCACCGGUCGCAAGUAUGACCUUUGACCCCACCUCCACUUUGCUGGUUACAGGAGGAUGUGAUAGCACCAUCAAGAUUUGGGAUAUCCUCAAGCAGUACUGCACCCAUAACUUGAAGGGGUCAUCUGGAGUUGUCCAUUUGGUCCAGUUCCAUCCUGACAUGUCCCGAUUGCAGCUGUUCUCCUCCAGCAUGGAUUAUAAGAUCCGAAUCUGGGAUUUGAAGUCCAGCAAGUGUGUGUCUAUACUAGAGGCCCACUACAGUGCUGUCACCUCCCUCUGCUUCUUCCCUGAUGGGAACACCAUGGUCAGCUCUGGAAGAGACAAAAUUUGCACAGUGUGGGAUUUGGAGACCAAAACCUCAAAAAGGACAGUGGCAGUGUAUGAGAGUGUAGAGGUGGCAUUGCUUCUUCCAGAAUCCUCAGAUGUGAUUGGCAGAGAAGAUAACACUGAGUCUCUCCUCUUUGUUACAGCUGGCAGUAAAGGUAUCUUGCGGUUGUGGGAUGCGACCACCUCUAGCAAGAAAGUGUCAGAGGAAGAAGGGGAUGAGCACAGCCUGAUUCAUUGCCUGCUCCUACCCAAUCAGAAGAAGGUUGUCACCGUCACAGCAGAACACAAUAUCCUGAUUUAUGAUCUUCAGGACCUCCAGCUAAAGAAACAGUUUGCAGGCUACAACGAUGAAGUCCUGGAUGUGAAAUUCUUGGGCCCAUCCAAUUCUCAUGUUGUGGUCGCUACAAACAGCCCCCAAAUUAAAGUGUUCGAGCUGGCAACAUCCAACUGCCAAAUCCUGUACGGCCACACAGAAACUGUUCUGGCGCUUGACGUGUUUAAGAAAGGGCUCCUGUUUGUCAGCUGUGCUAAGGUAAGUUCCCUACCCUUAGUAGGAAUUACAGCCGAUAAUUUUGAUUGUAAAGACAUACAUGCAGAUAAGGUUCAUAACUCACCUCUCUUGUAUUUUAUCAGAUUGAAGGAGUCCUUCAUAGUGAGUGGAAGUCAGGAUCUAACCUUAAAGAUAUGGAAGCUCCCAGAAUCCAUUGCUUCCAUGAAAGUUAAAGGCCAGUUAUCUGGGAUGCAGAGCUUGCAUGCAGCUUGUACGGAGAAGGCACAUGAUAAGGAUAUUAACAGCAUUGCUGUAUCUCCCAAUGACAAGCUGAUCGUCUCCGGCUCUCAAGACAAAACAGCCAAGCUGUGGUCAGCAUCCGACCUAUCCUUAAUAGGGGUCUUCAGGGGACACAAGAGGGGCAUCUGGUGUGUCCAAUUUUCACCAGCAGACCAAAUUGUAGCCACAUCAUCUGCAGACGGAUCCCUGAAACUGUGGGGGCUGCAAGAGUUCAGUUGCUUGAAGACAUUUGAAGGUCAUGAUGCCUCAGUGCUGAAGGUUAUGUUUGUGAGUCGUGGCACACAGCUGGUUACAAGUGGCUCCGAUGGCCUGCUGAAGCUCUGGACCAUCAAGACAAAUGAGUGUGUCAAGACAUUGGAUUCCCAUGAGGACAAAGUGUGGGGACUGCACAGCAACAAACUGGACAACGCUUUAGUGACCGGGUCUGCGGACUCCAGCAUUAUUCUUUGGAAGGAUGUCACAGAGACAGAGCUGGCUGAAGAACUAGCUAAAAAGGAGGAUGAGAUCUUGAAACAACAAGAGCUGUCAAAUCUUUUACACGAGAAGAGGUUCCUGAAGGCCCUGGGCCUGGCCAUUACCCUAGACCAGCCGCACACCGCACUCACCGUUAUAAAAGGUGGGCCCCCAGGAAAAUUUUCUUCAUGA